CCCUACCUAAACUCAUUGUUAUCAUGGCAUAAAAACUUGUGAAUUGUUAAAACUCCUACUUUUUUCUUUCUUUUCUUUUCUUUUCACAACAUGCCUUUGUUUUCUAAAAAAAUUGUACCUACAGAUAUCACGUCAAAUAUUGAGAAAGCAACAAACCCUUCAGUAACUGAACUUGAUUGGGCACUUGUAUUUCAAAUCUGUGACGCUGUCAACUCUACAGACUUGGGCGCCAAAGAAGCAAGAAAAUUAUUACAAAAGAAAAUGAUGUCUAAUGAAUCAAAAACUCAAGUAUUAGCACUAGAAAUUUUAAAUUCUUUGGCUGAGAACUGUACAGCAAAGUUUCAACCACAGUUAGCUGCCAAAUCAUUUGGUGAAGAUCUUGUUAGUUUAGCUUCCAAUAAGACAGUGGAUGAUAGAGUGAGUGGCAAACUUGCACAAUGUUUAGAAAGUUGGGUGGGUCAAGUAGGAGGAGAUCCUCAAUUUGGAGCUAUUAGAAGAGCAUAUGAUGUAAUGACUCAAGGCAGCGUAUUACCUAACAAAAGACAACAAGUUGCUCGAAACCAACCAUCGACAGUGCCAAGACAACCUGCUGACGUGAAGAACGAUAUUGAGGUGGCAAAGAAUAGUGCGCAGUUAUUUUUCCAAACUUUAUCCUUCACCGACCCAACAAAACAAGAUAUUUCACAAAAUGAGCUGAUCCAAGAAUUCUAUGCCAAGUGUAAAAAAGCACAACAUAUUUUAGGUUCUCAUUUGGAGACGUGUAAUGAUUCGGAAAUGAUUUCUGCCCUGAUCAAUGCCAACAACGAGCUGUUGAGUUGCUUCAAAACAUAUGAUGAAAUGCUUGAACAACAUGCUGUCAAUGAAGCAACAAUUCAUUCUCAAACACUGCACAAUCGUAGCACUCGUCAUGAGGAACCUUUUUCUUCCUCCUCUUCCUCAUCUCCGCCUGCUGCCGCUGCUGCUGCUUCUGCUUCUAUUGCUACGGCUACUACUCAUCACUCGCACAACCCCUUCAAGUUAGUCAAUGAUGACCCAUUUGACCCCUUUGCUGAUACAAAUCAGGCACCAUCUACUGCCAUAAGCAAUAAUGAUACGACUGUAAAUAAUGCAGGUGCCGUAUUACCACCACCUUUAACCCCUCAAAAGAUGCAUGAUUAAACAUAUGAUGAUGGUAACCUUUGAAUAAAUAAUAUGCUCAUGUGAAUCC